AAGUAGUGCGCAUUCUAACGGCCGAUCAGUUGCUCUUAAAACGUUUAAAUUAACGGAGGGCUUUUCAUGACAGCCAAAAAAGCAAAAAAAAUAUCCGAAAAAAUAGAGACUCCAUUAAAUUAUGAAAAUAAAAUUCGAUUUCCAUGUGUGUUGCUGUCUGCUGUUGCUGCUACUAGUGGUUGGGAAUCGCCUUUGUAACGCCCAAAGCACAAAUGUCAUACAAUCGUACCUACGUAUACUUGCCCAAGGUCAGGCCGAAGAAAAUCUCGAGAAUUUGGAUAACAAUGCGCCGCUUUUGAAGGAAUACGAUUUCAUUGUGGUGGGUGCCGGCACGGCAGGUUGUACGUUGGCGGCUCGCCUCUCCGAAAAUCCCCAAUGGAAGGUGUUGCUGCUGGAGGCAGGAGGCCCGGAGCUUUUGAUUAUGGAUUUCCCGGCCACUGCCCAGUUGCUGAAAUUGAGUUCGGAAGUGAAUUGGAAAUAUUUUACCGAACCCUCGGAUUCCUAUUGUUUGGGCCUCUACAACAGGAGCUGUCAUUUUCCGCGCGGUAAGGUUAUGGGUGGCUCUUCAGUGCUAAAUGCCAUGAUGUAUACGCGGGCCAAUCGCCGUGAUUAUGACAGCUGGGCAGCCAUGGGUAACAAGGGCUGGAGUUGGCCUGAGGUUUUGCCAUAUUUCCAAAAACUCGAACAUUCCUAUGUGGAGGAUGCCGAUCCGGAGCUGGUGGGCCGCAAUGGCCCGGUGAAAAUUACCCAUCCCCAUCGUCGCUCCAAAUUGGCCGAGGCUUUUGUGGAGGCUGGCCAGGCGGAUGGCAUACCCAAAUGUGACUACAAUGGCAGGAAACAGAUUUGCUAUUCCUUCAUCCAGACCACCACCGAUGGCAGAUAUCGCUGGAGUUCCAAUCGGGCCUAUUUGUAUCCCAUCAAGGGUAAGAGACCGAAUUUGCAUAUCCGCAAAUAUUCUCUGGUCACAAAAAUACUCAUCGACCCCAAGACCAAAACUGCCCAAGGGGUGCGAUUCGAGUCGAGAGGCCAGAGUUUCACGGUAAAGGCCCGCAAGGAGGUCAUAUCCUCGGGAGGAGCCAUUAAUACACCCCAAUUGCUAAUGUUGUCGGGAGUGGGUCCUGCCAAACAUCUCAGGCAGGUGGGUAUUAAACCCAUUGCCGAUUUGGCGGUGGGCUUUAAUCUCCAAGAUCACCUGGCCCCCUUUCUCACAUUCAACACCAACACCUCAACGCUGAAGCUGCAGAACCUAUUCGAUGCCAGUGAAUAUUUACAGCUGGAGACCAAAAACAGUAGCCUUUCCAUACCGGAUGGUGUGGAGGCAAUUGCCUUCUAUGAUCUCGAUCACAACAAUCGCGCCGAUGGCUGGGCCGAUAUGGAAUUUUUUAUGAUAAGUGGGGGUCUCCACACAAAUCCCGCCACUGUGAGAGCCUUUAAUAUGCGCCAGGACAUCUAUGAAUACAUGUACGAGGAUAUCUUGAAAAAUGAUCCCGAUACCUUUAUGAUAUUCGUCAUGAAUCUAAGGCCACGCAGCAGGGGUCGCAUUUUGCUGCGUAGUAAAAAUCCCCAUGAUCAUCCCCGGAUAUAUCCGAAUUAUUUCCGAGAUCCCUAUGAUUUGGAUAUUUUGGUGAGAGGGCUGCAAAGGGCCAUAAAUCUCCUGAAAUAUCCCUCGAUGCGUAAAAUCAAUGCCCGGCUGCUGGAACGUCCCAUACCACAGUGUCGAAAAUAUGGCGAUAUAACCUCGCGACCCUAUUUGGAAUGUUAUCUGCGUUACUUUAGCUUUACGAUCUAUCAUCAGACGUGUACAGCAAAAAUGGGUCCACGAAGUGAUAAAAUGGCUGUGGUGAGGGUUCAUGGCAUCAAGAAUUUACGUGUCGUGGAUGCCAGCAUUAUGCCAAAUAUCAUUGCCGGUCAUCCAAAUGGUCCGGUCUUUAUGAUUGCCGAAAAGGCGGCGGAUAUGAUUAAACAGGAUCAUGGUUACAUUAGAUGAAAUGAAAUUAGUGUUAGUUGUAGUGGUUAGAUACUA